UACAUUCGGGAGAAACGGAAGCUCAAGGGGAGAACAUCAGUAGCGACAACAAAACCUGGAAAACAACUCCCAAUAACCAGAAAAACAAUCCAGGAGAGGCUGAUUUACAUUUAACUGAUGUUGAUGUUGGGUAUGGAAAGGAGGAUUUAAGUAGCUCCAUUAAUUUAUGUGGAUCGGCUUCCACACAAAUAGGCACUUCAGACCAAGAUGAUGGUACGCACAAGACAUCCAAGGAUGUGUUCAAAGUACCAUCGAAAACACCUGGUGGCGCCUCAGAGGAAACAGUCCAAAGACUCAUAGGUUUACAAGGUAGAAUCACUAACUCGGAAAACUCUUCUGAUGACCGAUGUGCGUCAGCAGACUCUAACAGUGAAUUGACAGAUAGUGUUUCAAAGGAAGUUAGUGGCCAAGAGGAAAAAGAAAAGGUUGAACCACAAGUAGUAGCGAGUGAAGAACUUGACAGUAAUGGCAAAGAGGCUACAAACAGUUUGGAGGCUGACAAUAGUUUUCAAGACCUGUACGUAAAUCUUAUGUCCCCAGUUAUUCCAAAACUGACCAUGCCGAGGCGACGUCGUUCCAUCUCACUUGAGCGCAGCAUGGAGGAUGUCGGGGAUGCAUCAAGCACCUCCAAUGUAGCUGGGUCCUCAAAUGUCAAGGAUCACGAGAUGUAUACGCUGAUGGACUCAGAAAGUGCGACAUCGGAACCAAGCAGUUUAUCAUCAUCAGUCUCAAGGAACGAAGGAUCAGAAGAGAAAUUUGAUGUUACACCAAACGUCACUGUGGAAGAAUCACAGGGCACGUGCAGUACCAAAAAUCAGGAAAUAAAUACUUCGACAGAUUCAGUAUGUGUGACCGCACCACAAAGCAAGCCAUCCGCCUCAGUCUCAAUUACCCAGGAAGCUGUAAGGACCUCCGCUACUCAGAAUGAGAGAUUAGGGUUACCAAAGAACAUUGCGAAAGAAUCAGAACCUUUUGGAAGGGGCACUUCGAUGGAUCUUGACAAUUCGAAACGGGGUGAAUGUAACCCUAUGCCCCAAGCUAAAGGUUACGGGGAAGAUCAAAACGCGUGUGCAAGGCAAGGAAAUGUCUUCAAAGAAUCUGUAGAUACGCACUGUGAUACCGGAGAACCAUUAUCAACUUCUCCCUUGAAAGUAGAAACAAGCCGUAGCGAUUGCAUGAGUACAUCAUCAAGAACGGAUGUUAAAUCAGACGCGGAGCAAUGUAGACUGUUUGUGGUGAAUUCAAAAGGUCCACAUAAACAAGCCUCAGCCUUUCUUUCUCAAGUCUCGCGCCCCUUAGAGGAGACGUUGGAGCAGAACAAAGCAGUAUCAAAUUCUUUAGCAAAAAAUGGGCUAAAUGAAAAAAGGGCUUCUCCUAACAGUAUAAAAAAAUCCGAAGAGACAAACUUACUUCCGAUUCCUCGAGUUGCUCUGCGUUUUGAGAAUGGAGGCACUGUGGAGCUAAUGUGGGACUUACCUCCUGAUAGCAAAAUUGCGGAUGUAAAUUAUUUCGAAGUUUGUGCAAUAAUGGUGACUCUGAAUACACAGGGCCACCAGUUUGGUCGAUGGGUGAAAAUUGUAGAAACGAAACCAACUAAACUUCCUAUGGUAUAUAAAAUACGUAGUUUGUUGAGCAAAACGGCCUCACUUCAGAAUUUCGUAGUCCGGGCGAUUGGCAACAACGGACAACCUGGGCCUUACGUCUCACCAGCCGCUAUUUCAUAAUCAUGAUGUGUUUUGUUUGGGUGGUUAUUCGAUGCGUUUUACCCUGAGCAUUUUAUUAAUCCUGAUUCAUUUGCUCAUUGCUCGUCCUAAAAUUUUCAUGGUAGAACCUAUUGUAAUUGUCACUGUGUAGAGCUGGCCUACAGUUAAGGUUCUGUUGAAAACUAUUUUUAAAAAGAAAUGAGAAUAUGUGUGCUAAUUGAGCCCAGAUAGAAAAGUUUUUGUUUCAUAGUUAUAUUUUCAUACGGUUAGUGGAAAGAAAUACUUCUUAAAAAUGUUUCAACUCGGAACAAAAUUGAUCUUUUUGUUCUUUUUCGCUUUGAAAUUAUGUCUGGAAAGCGUUGUUUUAAAUAGUUUUGCCAAUAAAAUAUAUUUUGUCGGAA